UUUCAUUUCUUCCUACUCUCACAGAGCUCUUUCUAUCCCCAACUGUUGAAGUGCUUCAUAACCCUAAUCUCAACCACACUCUGCUACUUCCGCCACCAUGGCUGCCCCUCGUCAACUCUCUCAGAAAGAAGCUGAUAUCCAGAUGAUGCUUGCCGCCGAUGUCCAUCUCGGUACUAAAAACUGCGACUUUCAGAUGGAAAGAUACAUCUUCAAGCGCCGCAACGAUGGGAUUUAUAUUAUAAAUCUCGGAAAAACAUGGGAAAAGCUUCAACUCGCUGCUCGUGUUAUUGUUGCAAUUGAAAACCCACAAGAUAUCAUUGUUCAAUCUGCUAGACCUUAUGGGCAGAGAGCUGUUCUCAAAUUUGCUCAGUAUACUGGUGCCAAUGCUAUUGCUGGAAGACACACUCCUGGUACAUUCACAAAUCAGAUGCAAGUUUCUUUCAGUGAGCCUAGGCUUCUUAUCCUCACUGAUCCAAGAACUGAUCAUCAGCCAAUCAAGGAAGCUGCUCUUGGAAAUAUUCCAACAAUUGCUUUCUGUGAUACUGAUUCGCCUAUGCGAUAUGUCGACAUUGGAAUCCCGGCCAACAACAAGGGAAAGCACAGUAUAGGAUGUCUGUUUUGGCUUUUGGCUAGGAUGGUGUUGCAGAUGCGUGGAACUAUUCGCCCUGGCCUUAAGUGGGAUGUCAUGGUUGACUUGUUCUUCUAUAGAGAACCUGAGGAGGCGAAGGAGCAAGAGGAAGAUGAAGUUCCUGCACCAGAUUAUGCCAUUGCUGACUUUAAUGCAGGUUCUAUCCCCAAUGAUGGACAAUGGCCUGCUGCUAUCGAUCAACCAUGGAAUGAUGCAGUUCCAGAGCCUAUUCCAGCAGUUCCUGCUGUCAACUGGGCAGCCCCAGAAGCUGCUGCAGGGGGGGAUUGGGGUGAAGCUGUUCCAGCCCCACAACAAAUACCUGCUCCUGGAGUUGAGUCCAUCCAAGCAACUGGCUGGGAAUAAGCUAGUGGUUUUUGAUCAUAUGAUAUCCCUUCAAUUUAUAUUUUAUCUUCCCUUUCCCAAAAGUAACAUCUGGAUUAGUCUUUUUGGUAGCUGAGAAACAUUUUCUUGUUUGAUAUGAGUUGCAAAAGUAUUGUUUACGACUUGGAAUAUUUUGGUUAAGCUGUACUUUUUAAUGUUAAUGCAGUUAUAAGUUUAUAAUUUGAGAAUGGGUUGAGGUGAUUUCCUCCUCCUGGUUCUUGGUCUACGUUUGUUGAUAAUCUAUCUAUCUACAAAAUUAUCUAUACAUUAUUUGAGA